ACAAGGUUUUAUGUGAGUCUAAGGCCUAACUUCAUUAGUGUUAACAUGGGAGGGCGAAGGUUAUGUCAGUGAUAAGGUUAUGGCACCUGGCACGAGAAACAGUGUCUCCCGGAGCGUUUACAGUGCCACUUAUCAUACGGCUUAAUGUAUGCACGAGAAAUGAAAAACUGCAGGAUUAACCAUUAAACAACGCUUGAAUAUUUAUGCAGAUUAUUUAUGAGCUGCAAUAAAACGGAUCUAUAAAACUGUCGAAUCAAUGUGAACCAUAUGUGAAUAAACUGUAUUAUUAAGUCCUUACAGACUUGUAUAAAAGUGUAACAUUACGAUAUCAAAAGCUAUUAAGAUAUCUAGAGAAAGUGCUUUUAAAAAAAAUCAAAUCCAUGAAAUUGUAAAGUAAAAAGUACAAGUGCGGAAUACGGACUAAAAUACAAAAUGGCUAUAAGGUCACAUUUGAUUCCGUUUGUUCUGGUGCUGGUGUCCAUGCUAACAAUGCCAAAGGGAGAAAGGGAGCCCCCAACAGAACAACGACUACAUCUCUUCCUUCUUCAGCGCAACUCUUACAACAAGUUGGUGAUGCCAGAGGGCUAUACGAUCAACGGAACGGCGGACAGCAAGUUGACCGUGAAACUGGGGAUGAGGCUUUCACAGUUACUCGAUGUGUCCGAGAAAAACCAGAUACUUACAACGAAUCUUUGGCUUCGACAUGAAUGGGUGGAUAUCCGUCUUCGUUGGGACCCGCAGUUGUUCGGCGGUAUCGUGAGCACCUUUAUUCCCUCCUCAGAACUCUGGAGGCCCGACAUCACCCUAUAUAACAAUGCUGAUGGUGACUUUGUGGUGACAUUGCUCACGAAGGCCAAGGUCUUUUAUACCGGCCUGAUAGUCUGGGAGCCCCCGGCCAUCUACAAGACGUACUGUCCUAUCAACGUCGAAUAUUUCCCGUUCGAUCAACAGGAAUGCUUCAUGAAGUUCAGUUCAUGGACAUUUGAUGGACAUCAGAUCGAUCUUCAGCAUGUGCAGGCGGAGAAAGGAGUGUGGGUCGGCGACCAGCUGGUGAUCAGGAACGGUGUGGACCUAUGCGACUAUUAUCAGAACGUUGAGUGGGAUAUCAUUAACGUCACUGCAAGGCGAAAGGAAAAGUUCUACCCCUGUUGUCCGGAGCCCUACCCGGAUAUUACCUUCAACAUCACAAUUCGCCGGAGAACGUUGUUUUAUACGAUUAAUUUGAUUAUGCCCUGUGUCGCCAUAUCCUGUAUGACUGUUCUUGUGUUUUACCUGCCUAGUGAUUCCGGUGAAAAAAUCACACUGUCUAUCUCCAUUUUGCUGGCAUUGACCGUUUUUUUCUUGCUCUUGUCUGAUAUCAAUCCGCCAACAUCAAUUGUCAUUCCCUUAAUAGGAAAAUAUCUGAUGUUUACAAUGAUAGUAGUGACGUUGUCUAUAUUUCUGACGGUCUACACACUAAGUGUACAUUUCCGAUCACCGGCCACACACAGAAUGUCACCUUGGGUGAAGUGGAUGUUUAUUGAUACAAUUCCAAAGAUAAUUUUCAUGAAACGACCUCCGCAACAAACAAUGAAUAGAAGAUGUAUAAGAACUGAACAUGGCACUGAAAUUAGAGAAACACCGACGGGAACACCACCUUUACGUGAAAGACAUGACACAAUGGACUCCAACAAAACUCAGCCAAAUUAUGAGAACCUUCGAAGGCGUGCUGGGGAAUCAUCUGUCGGCAUCUACCCUCCAGAACUAAGGGAGUCGUUGAAAGCGGUGAACUAUAUUGCUGAUCAUUUACAUGAUCAAGACGUGGAAAUAUCGGAGGAGAGGGACUGGAAUUACGUUGCCAUGGUUUUAGAUCGUAUAUUCCUGAUAUUCUUCACGACCGCGUCCUUCCUUGGAACCACCAGCAUCUUCCUGCUACCUCCCACACUGUAUGAUUCUGCAGUGGCGCUCACAAAAGACAACGUCAACUGUUCGCGUUGAUAAGUGACCGGAUAUGUUUGGGAAUCGGUUGAAUUGUAAAUUUUUAUAAUGUUUCACUUAACAGCGUAAAUGAGUGAUCUGAGUUAAUAUGGCCAUCGGUCAAAGAACAGUUACACUUUUGCAUAAAUAACUUUAUUCAAGGUAAGGUUUUUUAUGCACAGUGAUUAUGUAAAGUAUAUAUAGAAUAUGUCAUGAAUCUGAGCACCAUUGUAAUAUGAAACAGAUCAAGAUGUGUUUUUUAAUUAUUUUGGAUAUAUUCUCUUGGAAGAUAUCGCAUGCAGUUGUUGUGUUUUGUUAAUGAAAAAAAUAUAAAUAA